AUGAAUGUAAGAUGGGUUCCACCACCAAGGAAUAAAAUUAAAGUGAAUACAGAUGGUGUUUGCAAAGUGAAUCCUGGACAAAGUGCUUAUGGAUUUUGUAUUAGGGAUGAAUUUGGUAAUCUUUUAUAUGCACAGGGAGAAGAUAUUGGUUUCAGAACCAAUACGGAAGAAAAAAUCAUUGCAAUAUUGGAGGCCCUAAGAUACUGUAAAAGGGCUGGAUUAGAGGGGUUUUGGCUGGAAUCAUACUCUCUCAGCAUUGUUAAUUGUCUAAGGAACUCUUGGAAAGUUCCCUGGGAAAGAGUCGAGCAGGUGGAGGAAUGUAGGGUUUUAAUGGAGAUCACCAAAGAAAGGAUUCAACAUACACCGAGGGAGGGGAACAAUUUAGCAGAUUUCAUAGCUAACGCAGUGAUAGGAGCAGUAGGAUUGGUUCAGUUCAACACAUUCAUAACCUAUGAAAGGAAAAUGCAUUUUGAACAUGGACAAGGCUCAAGUUCCUUCAUUGAGAAUCUGAACUAG